UUAUUAUUCACCUGGGUCCACGUCUUGCCUCCAGAAAGCAGCCGUCCCAAUUCAAUCCAGAAUGUCGUCCGAAACAGCCAAUGAUGCUGAGAUUCUCGCACAUGUCGAGAAGUUCUGGGAAGGACGGAAACCACACAGCCCAAUCUACCAGUUUCUGCUCGACGACAUCAAGCUGAUUCACGCAUCCAAGGGUGUCGUUCGCGCUCGCUUGCUGCUAACAAAGGCUCAUGUUAACGCCCACGGGGGAAUUCACGGCUCUGUCUCUGCAACGCUCGUUGACUGGGUUGGCGGCAUGGCUAUUGCUGCGUGGGACAAAAGGACCAAGACAGGAGUGAGUACGGAUAUUCACAUCACCUACCAGACGUCAGCAAAGGACGGCGACACCAUCGAGGUUGAGGGUCGGGCAGGCAAGGUGGGAGGGACAUUAGCCUUCACCACCGCGACCAUUUGGAAAGUCGUAGAGGAUAAGCUAGGUCCGAUUAUCGCGACUGGUUCGCACACCAAGUUUGUCAGAGUCUGAACUGUCCUCAUACCCGAGGCCUUCCGCCAAUGAACACCCACGCCAUCUUCUUUGAGGUCUCAUCCAGCUCUCCAUGGAUGAUGAACUCCACUCGGAUGCCGGAGAUUAAAGCGCCCCUUUCGCCUCAUAUCCAUGUUCAGCCUCACGGCGACGACACUAUGGAGAUGCGGGAGGGUUCGACACAUACAUAGACCGCGAGAAAAGAUAUCACAAAUACUUAUACCUUUUCGAACUUUGAAUCUUCGUGCCUUGGUAU